AUGGAGGACCUGCUGCCAUCAGAGGUACUGGCUAAGUUAGAAGAUAAUGCACAAGGCCUGCCCACGAAAGAAACCGUAAAAGUGAAGCGGCCGCGUGCUGAGGUUUCAUUGGGUUGCUUAACUAAAAAAUUUAUGAAUCUUGUUCGAUCUGCUCCGGGGGGUGUUCUUGAAUUAAACAAAGUCGCAGCAAACCUGGGAGUUCAAAAACGAAGAAUAUAUGACAUCACCUGUGUCUUAAAUGGAAUAAGUCUUAUUAAAAAGGAAUCUAAAAGUCAUAUUCAGUGGAUAGGAUAUGAUCUUAACGAUUCCCAGGCAGUGGCCCGAAAGAAAAAGCUGCAGGAGGAGCUUUCUGAGUUGGCAGCAAUGGAAGACAAGUUGGAUGUGCUACUUAAGGACUGUCAUAAGCAGUUGUCUGAGUUAACAAGUGACGGAGAAAAUGAAAGACUGGCAUAUGUGACAUGUGAGGAUAUUAGUAACAUUCCAGUGUUCGAAGAACAGGAUGUUUUUGCAAUUAAAUCUGCAGCAGAAAUGAACUUGGAUAUUCCAGUUUCCACAGGAAAUUCUCUUGCACUACAUUUGAAAAGCACCCAGGGGCCGAUUGAAGUUUAUUUAUGUGAUGCAGAUCAGAAUUACUCAAGUGAUAUGUUGUUGGAUAAUCAAGAGGCCAUUUCUGCUAGCAAACAUCCAGAGCCCCUUGAUAAUGAAGAAAAUCCUCUACAGCAAAGUGAAGAAUUGCUUGAAGCUAGCAACGAAUAGCAUUUGAGACUUCUUGUACUGGCUUCUUGUUUUGA